UUCAAUCUUAACGAUAAAUAUUUUCGCACGACGACGGACGUGACGCGGGGAAUAAUCUUAAGCCCUCUGCAUGCGGUUUAAUAAAUAUCACUACAACAAGUGAUCUCCGUAAUCUGAUACCUCAAGUUCAAAAAAACAUUAUUUCUGUGGUGAAUGUUAAUCUCGAAAAAAGGGGAAAAAUUUAAAUAAACAAAGAUCAAAAGCAAAUCAGUAUUGCAAUAGAUUUUGUGAAGACCGGUGAAUUAUAAAAUUCGGUUGAUCGGAGUGAUUUUGUUUUGUUUUCAAUUUUUUCCUAUUUCCUCGGAAUUGUCACCAUUGACAGAUAAUAUGGACCCUUAUAAUUUGACAAUGCCAAAGGUCAAUCAAGAUCGUCGAAUUAUUGAUUCAUUUGCAUUGGCAUAUGAUGAAUACUGCUCACCGUAUUCGCAGAUUGAUUUUUCGGAAGAUGUAAGAAACGCCAUGGCAUUGAAUAGACCAAUCAAGAUGUCACCGUGUAAAGCUAUUUUUAUUGGUGACGUUUCUGUUGGAAAGACAACUAUUGUGAAUAGAUUUUGUUAUGACAAGUUUCCGCACACUUAUAAGGCUACAAUUGGAGUGGAUUUUGAAGUUGAAAAUUUUCGAAUACUUGGUCAUGAAUAUUGUUUACAAAUAUGGGACACUGCUGGACAAGAAAGAUUUAAAUGCAUAGCCCAAGCAUACUAUAGAAAUGCUAACAUUAUAGUGAUUGUUUAUGACAUGACUAAUGAAGAGAGUCUUCAUGAAACACCAACAUGGCUGGAGAGUGCAUUGGCAGUAAAUCGUGUUCACAGACCUUUAGUGUUCUUAGUUGGAACGAAAUCAGAUUUGCUGACAAAGGAACAAUUUAUUUCGAUGGAAAGACUUGGCUAUGAAUUUGCUAGAGUGAUAAAAGCUGAAUAUUGGUCGGUUUCGGCAAGAACAGGAUUUAAUAUUGUAGAACUUUUUCAAAGAAUUGCAUCUUUAUCAUUUGACUCGACAAUGAAACAGUGCAUCGUUGAAACUAAUUUCUUUGGAAAACAUAAGGACCAUCAUGUUAGAGUUGGUUUUUUUAAAGGUCUCCUCGGUGGUAUUGAAUGCAACAUGAGUAGUGGAAUAUCAAAUAACAGGACUUGUUUAUGCUGAUAAGGAUUUGUUUGUGUUAUUGUUAAAUUUAGUUUACGUUUUUUUUAUAUUUUUAAAUGUCAUACAAUUUGGAAGUAAAUAUUUUAUAAUAAGUUGAAAUUGUCAAUAGUUCGUAUUUUUUUUUUGGAAAGUUUAACGAUAAGAACGCUGUUAAAUGAAAGGACAUGCAAAUAAAUCGAAUAAAAAGAA